GACGAGUUCAACACCAUGACAACGAUGGCGAUGGCGGACAAGGCCGCGGAGACUGCGGUGCUGGACGCCAUGUUCGGCAUCAAGUGGGACAUUGUCAAGUGUGGUCACCGAAAGUGCUUGCGUCUUGCCGACUUGCGCUGCCCGAAAUGCCCGGGCGAGUUCCACUGCCAGGAACACAUGGGUGACCACUUGAGACUGCGGCACGGCAACAAGCCUGUGGACGACUACGGCCCCAAAGGUAAUCCCUCACGGUCCAAUAUGUCGACGAGUCCAGUUCCAUCCGUGCAAGCUAGUUUGCGAGACAUGCACGGACUUCAAGGUCGAGUUCUACUGCCUUUCGUGCAAGCUGUACAAGUGCUUCAAGUGCGGCCACUCCCAUACCCAUCCUGUGUAUCCGAUUGCUGGUGCGUGCGAACGGUUGGUAGGUGUUGGCAUCAUGCGUCCACGUUGGUCGUUCGUGUCAACAUUCGACGAUAUGCAUUGACACGUUUCUCGAUGAUAUCUCAAGGCGCGCGAGGUCUUUGCAACGUCAAGUUGUCGUGGGGCAGUGCGUUCCUGGACGACGUGUCCAAAUCGAUGCGCCUGUACAAGCGCGACGUGACCCAAGACACCCGAGAGCACGCCCCGCCAGGUCCAGUUGAACCAACACCGCUGCAACAGACGCAACCACCGCCAUCUGCCCCAGCGAAGCCCCACGACCCACGGAAGCCACCUCCGUCGGUGCGAAACAAACCGCGCGAUCCACGGCAGCAACCGCCUGUCAAGGAGGAAGUGUCGCAGCCACAAGGUACAGCUCCGGUACGUUCUGCAACAGCUCCGGCACCAGUCGUUGCACAUCCCAGUGCCCCGACCGUGAAUCCCGUGGCGGUGCAGCGUCCUGUGAAGCAGGAACCGGCGUCAAGAGUCGUCCAUGUUGCCGGGGAAUCGUCGGUGCUGCCGACUCGCGACGACAAGACUUUCAUCACGUCGUCGUCUCUCCCAAACAUGCCUCCGCUCCCGCACGUCCGAGACAACUAUUUGAAGGGCGUGAUGCUGGACAACUACAACAAGUUUAACGACCAAGCGGACCAGCUGGACAAGGCCAUUCGAAAGCUCGAAGUCGAGGCUCGCAUGAACGUAUCGUCUGCGUCCAUGUCGGUCGCACUCAGCGCUGUGAAUCGCCGCAGCGAACUCCAGCGCGCAUUGGAAGACGUGUUUCGGCAGCGCGACGAGGCUGUGGCCCAAGUCAUCGUGUACGACCCACCGGUCCUGGCCCAGUACGACGCCGCGCAAGACCCGGCGAACCCGUUGUACAAGGCCCCGGUCCAUAAUCCGACGAUUGCCCAGCGCUUCGUGCCACUCAAGCACGGCAUGUGCGCCAAGAUCGAGCUCAAGAUCCAGGGGCUGUUGACCCAGUGGGUUCGACUGCAGGACCAAAUGGUGGCCGCGCUCUCGGACCACGACGUCCCGGCCAUGGAACGACUCCAGGAAGAGAUCGAGACGCUCGAGAGCCAAAUGUGUUUGCAGGACACGCAACGUGCGGCGCAAUUCGUUGAAAUAUCGGCCUUUAGCGACCGCGUCCGGCAACUCAUCACGCACUACCGUGAAAACGUGCCCCGCACUUGAGACAACGUCGGGACAUUGAGCCUCCACGUCCAUUUUAAUGCAUCCGUGCGGUGGAUUCCAUGGCA